AUGCGCACCCAAACCCAAAACCUCAUCCAAAUCACAAUCCUCCUCCGACUCCUCGCCAAAAUCCCAACUACAAACGCCAUCGAAGCAGUUGAACCGGUAGAAGCAGCAUGCUGCUGGCCAUACGUAUGUCCCUCUCACCCACCUUAUCAACCCACCACCUCCCCUCUCCCACUAACCCAUGAGUAGAACAGGAUCUGCAAAGACGGUACCCCGCCUACUCCAUGGUGCGGAUAUGGAGGUAUGACACUACCCCCUUGACCGAAAUCUUUUCUCUGACGAGUUUCAGCUUGCAAUAUGUUUGGAUGCGCGUGUAA